AUGACAAGAAAUCAGUGGCCAAGAACCAGAGGGCGCGGUAAAAAAGUUGAAUUUGAAAAAGAUUCCGAAGAUCCAUCAAGUAUCCAGCCCAUAAUAUCUCCUAACAGGCCAAUUACUCGUUCAAGUGCGAGACUUUCUAUUAAUGAGGAAGAUUCAACGCGAGAGAUUACAAGGAGGAACACUCGACAAAAUAAAUCAGAAAAGUCAGAAAUCUAUGGUGAAACAACUUCACAUGUUGCGAAAAAAUUAAAGACAACAACUCAGUUAAACUCAACGGAUAUUGAUUAUAUUAUACCAAAAUUUCCACCAAUUCAAUCGAAAAAACGAAAGAGAUUACCAGAUCAAACCGAUAUUCAAAACCAAACCGAUUUUCCAAAUCCAAGCUAUGAAAAUUCGUUAACGAUUAUCGAACAGCUUGAAGAGACAAAUAAGAUCUUGGAUAGUGUUAGAGCUAAACAACAAUUAUUGGAGUCAAACCAUAAUGCAGAGAAUGAAAAACAUGAACAAUACUUACGGGAAUUUAAACAAUUUGCUGAAGAAAAAUUUCAAAAUUAUGAAAGAAUAAUUACACAAUUACAAAAUCAAAUACAAGAGGAGGAUGGACGUAAAUUUAAAAUAGACCAAGUUUCUAUGUUAGAACGUGACCUUCAUAAAGAAAGAGAGGAAAGACGCAUUCUUGAACAAGAUUUAAAAAAGGAAAAAGAAGAAACCCGAAAAUUAAUUGAUCAACUAGAACAGUCGAAGCACGAGUUGCAACAACUUCAAUUAAUUGAAAAUUCAAAAAACAUUGGUGAAUUAAAACAAAAGAUUAAACGGCUUGAACAUGAGUUCAGUCAAGAACGUGAAAAUAGCAAAAAGCUCAAAAAAGAACUUGAUAAAAUCCCAAUUACGGAUACUAAACAGAUGGAAAUUUUGGCACAAUUAAAUUUAUAUCAAGAUUUAUCAAAUUUAUUAAUCCAAAACGUAAAAUUCAUUUCACAAAAUGAACAAAGUUUUACAUGUAUUUUAAGUGGAAGGAAUGGAUCUUUAGUGUUUAAACUUACAUUUAACGGUGAUGAAUAUCUUUAUGAACCUUCCAUCAAUCCCGAUAGAGAUGCUGAAUUAUUAAAUAUUUUACCGGAUUAUCUUCGAGAAGAAAUCUCAUUUGAAAAAGAUAAUUUGGAUCUUUUCUUCUGGCGAGCCCUGAACUUUCUUCAAAAGCGUGAAUCAGAUUAA